GGGGACCUCGAGGUGUUUGAUUUGGGGGCGCAUCCUCCCCGCCAGCUAGCUCCAGCGGAGGGGCUCUUAACUAUUGCCUUCUCUCUCACCCCCUCCUCCGAUCCCAGAGCUCGCUGCGCUUUGCAGAAAGAAAAGACAAAAAUAAAGGCGGGGAGGAAAACGGGGGACCCCCCUGAAGGGGGGCACAGACUAAAAGGAGCCAGAUUACGGAGGAGGGGGCUGUUUGCAUCGGCCCCGCACCACCAUGCUGAGCCCGCUGCUGCUGCUGCCGCUGAUCUUGGCUCUGGCCACAGCGGCGAUGGAUGUCCCCAAGACAUGCAGCCCUAAGCAGUUUGCUUGCAGAGACCAGAUUACCUGUAUCUCCAAAGGCUGGCGGUGUGAUGGAGAAAAGGACUGUCCAGAUGGUUCCGAUGAGGCCCCUGAGAUCUGUCCACAGAGCAAGGUCCAGAGAUGUCAGCCCAAUGAGCACAAUUGUCUUGGCACAGAGCUGUGUGUGCCCAUGUCACGUCUCUGCAAUGGGAUUCAAGACUGCUUUGAUGGCACUGAUGAGGGGCCUCAUUGCCGAGAGCUCCGGGCCAACUGCUCCAGAGCAGGCUGCCAGCAUCACUGUGUGCCCACACUCAGUGGGCCCUCCUGUUACUGCAACAGCAGCUUCCAGCUCCAGAGUGACAAUAAAAGCUGCAAAGGCUGUAGUCUCUGA